CGCCAUUCAUCUGAACGGACCGCGGGCACACCUGGUCGCACCGAGGAGAGCGAGUUCGGCGACUGAAACAGCUCCACACAGCUCCCGGGUUAAUCACUUGAGGAAUGUGGUGCCAUUAGGUCGGUAGCCGAGAGCUGGAAAUUCACAUUAGCCUCAACUUUUAAGUUAAAUUUCUUUACAAGCGAGCAGAAGGGAUCAUGGCUACGGGAGGAUUUAAAUCAAACGCCACGACAGACUUUUUGGAGGAGUGGAAGGCAAAACGGGAGAAAAUGAGAGCCAAAAUGCUGGGGGACAUUGCCGCAGCCACUGGUGCUCCCUUGGGUGCCACAAACACAAACAGCAGCAGCAGCAGCAGCCGCCACGCCGCUCCUCCGGGCACCGAGUUCACCAACAACGGCAACCCGGACCGAGGCGCCCCCGCCGGGAACUGCCACCCCUCCGCCUACUCGGUGGCUCGGUCCCCCUCCGGCUCGGCUCUGAAGAGACCCGAGGAGGAAACGCACCACCCCGUGUCACCCACAGGCACCCCGGGGGGCAACCUGAAGAAGGCCCCGCCUCAGACGGACAAGGCUCAGUCCCCGGACACCAGCCCCAUGGCCUGCAACGACAGCGACAAGGAGAGUCCGUCACCCAGCAAGGGCAAGGAGAAGAAGAGCAGCGGCCCCAGUGCCAGGAAGGGCAAAGGACAGAUCGAGAAGAGGAAGCUCAGAGAGAAGAGGAGGUCGACAGGUGUUGUCAGCAUACCGUCCAAUGAGAGCCUGGAUGAGCUGGAUGAUGAUGACGCAGGGGAGAAGGACAGGAGGGAGGAAGAGGAGCUGGUCCAGGCCAACACUUUCCAGAAUGAGGCCAUGACAGCCGACCCCGCCACCGGCUACUUACUGGAGACCCCCAGAUCUGGAAGUGGCCGCCACAAGAGCAGCUGUGCAGGACAGGGGUCAGAGGAGGAGAUGGGUGGCAACAGCAGACAACGACACAACCGUCACGGCAAAGAUGGAGGAGCUGCAGCGCCAGGAAAUCUGGAGAAAAGGAUGGAGGAGCUGGAGAGAGAGUUGGCCAGAGAGCGUCAGGAGAACGCCAGGCUGCUGAAGGCCCACCAGGACAAAGACGAUCUCAUUGGAAAGCUGAAAGAGGAAAUCGACUUGCUGAACAGAGACCUGGACGACAUCGAAGAUGAGAACGAGCAACUUAAACAGGAGAACAAGACUCUGCUGAAGGUGGUGGGUCAGCUGACGAGGUAGAAGAGCUCCGCACGGCCCAGACCCGACACAACAAGCCAGCCUCGCCCCGACGAAUGGAGCGUCUCCGUUCCCUCUCCUCUCCUGCCCUCGGUCAAGUCCAGCUGCGUGACCUCUUUUUUGUGUUUGAUUCGUCUGUUAGAGGUGAGACUGUAAAUUAGUCGUCCAGAGGCUCACGGCCUUAAAACACAUCCCUCUGGGGGGAUUCAUUCCUUUUGUUGCGAAAGCCGAGCUGAGUGGUGGAGGAUCAUCUGUCGUUCUAUACAUAUUUAAUGUAAAUGUUUGUAUAUAGGCCAUUUAGGUUGUUCAUGUUUGGAUUUCUGAUAAGGUCUGAAAAAAAAAAAAAGAAAAUUAAUACAAUGAAUGUAUGUGCUGCACAAACAAGCGCGCACAAUGUCUUGUUUAGAGGCUGUAAAAAGAAAAAAAAGUCUCCGUUUCCACAGCGUGCACACAGAAAUCACCCUGAUAAACUUAAAACAAUCUCCAGUGUUGCAUUGUUUGAAUUGAGUCUGAGGCCAGUGCAGCGCUACUGUCUACAACACUUGGACCAAAUUCAACACAAUUACUGCUACAGUAUCAGCAGCCAAAGUGGGCAUAGUGCCUUGCAAUGCAUGUGAGAUUUAUUUUGUAAUUUCUUUCUUUUUUUUUAACUGGUUAAAGCCUGGAGCUUUAUUUACAAACUGUGCCAGAUUUUCCUUCUUCCAACCACAUCUUGGUACAUUUUAAUCCCACUUGGGCGUCUGCAAUUCCGAAUAAAUAAAGUUGCAUUUUAAAUAUAUCCAAUUUAAACAAUGAAGUUGAAGCAAGACUAUAUCAAUUAUAUGCUUUACGCAUUUCAAUGUUAACAUCUUGAGUAUUAUGCCUGUCAGCGAUGAAAUGUUUCGGGGUUAAACCCUCGUCUCGUAUAUAUGUGGACUCUUUUUUUAAAACGCAUUUUGCUCUCGUUUACAAGUUACGGUCUUUGCAAUAUUUCAUAGACGAUUAGCUGCUCUGUUUAUAGCCUCUAAAAUGUGGAGUGGAGUGAGCUACAGUGCAUUCUUAUUCUGUAUGAUAACCAAAUGAACCGAAGGAACAUACUAUUUGAAAUGCAUCUCUUUUGUUUACUCAAGGGAAACAAGGCUUGGCUGGUGGCAGCGUUUUUUUUCUUUCUCUAUUUUAUUCCAGUGAGCUCCUGUGCUGUGGCAAUUAAUCUUUAGGUUUUAGUCAGUCAAAUCUGCUUCCACGCACAUAUUUUGGGGGUAAAGAUCGUCCCCCUCGCAGACCGACAUCACAGAUCCAUCUCUCUUUCCAUUACAUUAUGCAUGUACAGAAGAUUAAGUCAUUUAAUAAAAGUUUGAUUAUCUCCCUCCUCA